GUUGCGCAUGCGCUGUUGUUCAUCCAGGAAAUCCAAGUAGAAAGUGUGUCAUUUGUGUUUGUGAAUUGGCUAGAAGUUCGUUUCGAUGUGACUAAGAAAUAUUUACGUUCCUCUCUUGCUAAAUCAUCAUGUCUGUCGCUGGAUGGAAGCAUCUUGCCACUUUAUUUUUCACCUGUAGCUUGACAAUUUUUAUUCACACAGUUGUUGCUGAUGAUCCCAUUGUGUCUAUUAUUGAAACAAACCCUGUUAUAGACCCAGUAGAAAAUAAAAUUGUGGCUGAGACAAACCAGGAUGUCCAACUUACUUGUGUGGUUGAGAAUAAGCCACUUAACUCACAGGUUCAGUGGAAGGGACUUAUAAAGAGGAAUGGAUCAACUACUGUUGUACCCAUUUCAACAGCCACACGGUCAUAUGAUUCCUUCAAGUACAUGGUUGACACACCUGCACCAACCUCCUGGAGACUGCGUAUUCAGAAUAUACAGGUUACUGAUGAGGGUACCUAUGUGUGUGAGGUUCAAACAAUGGUUCAGACCUAUGCCUCAAGUUCGGCAGAUAUGCUUAUCGUGGAAAAACCACAGAUUGCUGAUUUGGCGACCAGCAGCGACGUGACAAAAAGCGUUGGUGAGAGUUUGACUUUGCAGUGUGCUGCAUCUGGACGUCCAACUCCGUUGGUCAAGUGGACACGCAUGGCAGGGGAGCUUAUGCCUAGUGGUGGACGUGAACUCCUGGAACCAAGCUUGACGAUACUACUUCUGCAACCACAGCAUGCUGGAAUCUACAAAUGUUCGGCAUCAAAUUCUGCCGGAUAUGAUAGCAGGGACAUUCAGUUGACAAUAAACUAUCCACCAGUUCUGUUCUCAGCAAAUCCCGUGGUACAACAAGCGGUAGGAUACGUCAAAGAACUUGUUUGUGAUAUCAAAGGAUAUCCCACACCUUCUGCUGAUGAUGUGACCUGGACUAAACAAGGAGCCUCUGUUCUUCUUGGGGGACACAUAUACAUACGCAACAUUCCAGGAGCUUCAAGCAAGAUUACCAGUAUCCUUGUAUUCUGGGGUGUGCGAGAGUCUGAUUAUGGAGAAUACACUUGUGGAGCAAAGAACGAUAAAGGAUCCAGCAGCAUUAAAUUUGUGCUUCAAAGAUCUGCAGUAGCCACAGAAGACAGAACAAAUCAGAUUCGUGCAGGUGCCUCAAUCCUGGCAGUAAACAUAGCAACAGUUGUUAUGGUCCUCUCAGUCUGCCUGCUGCAGCGUUUUGGAUAAAGUGAAAUUUCAGUGGAUUAAGACCUGUUUGAUAAUGCCACAAACUUAUCACGACUUGAUAUUUACAAUAUUUUUUUCCCUCCUCCACUUUACCUGCCUUCCCAACUCCAAAAUUAUCAGCCUCCUACCGAAAAUUUACUAAUGCAUGAUGCAUCUAUUUUCAAUAUUUGGUUCUAAAAGUUUGGAAGGAUCAAAUCUUAUCAUUUGUUUUCUGAGUGGGGUGAAACUCAUCCUUCAGCCUUUUAAAACAAGUCGAUCAUCCUCAUCACAUAUCUUGUUGAUAUCAUGUGCUCAUUUCUAACAAUUUUAGAAAGGAUGUGUUGGAGCCAUUCCUUUUGUGUUAAUAUGUAAAUAGAUGUAUAUCAGUUGCUUUGCCUUCUGUCUGAUUACUAUUUUCUUACCUCAUGUAUGUCAAUAUAUUAAAGCAUAUUUGGUACAUAAUAUUAGUUCAUAAUAACAUUCAACACCUUUCAGUGGUUACUGUUGUAGCUGCAUCAUUUUGUGCAUGGGUGUGACAAGGAGCAAAUAGUAUUUUGGGAAAUCUAGUAUAUAAGAUAAUAGCUGAGGAAAAAUUAAACAGCCAGUUGAAAAGGCUAGAUCAUUAAGCAUAUCUUUAAAAUCUUGCAUUCCAAUAAUAUAUUUUUGACAUUUUAUGAAGAGGUUUGAUCAAGCAUCUUGAAUUUUAGUGGUUAUAAAGCCCUUUAGUUUAUUAGUAAUUUUUGUUGUCCUAUCUUUAUAAAAAUGAUUCAUGUAACUUGAUCAAAAGCAAAAAGCUCUUAGAUUGUGUUUACUUGCUGGUUUUUUAUGAGAAAGGGGUGGUAUAUUUUGGAAGGUUGUUUUUUUUUUUUUUUUGUUUGUUUUUUUUUUUUUGAGAAAUAAAAGGUAUGGCAGCUGUAGAAGGCACUGUUGUGCUUGCAUUUUUUCCUUUACAGUUACUAGGUUGUUUUUUUUUAAAAUUCGUGUUCAUACAUGCUCUGUCCACCUUAAAGACAAUAUAGCCAGUAUGCAGUUGUGAGGAGAUACAAAUGAUGAACAGUUUAUGGCAUUAAGAUUUCCAUUUAAAAAUCAUUUAUCUAGAUUAAAAAACAAAAAAAUACAGUGAUACUUUUCAUUGUUUCAAAUUCACAGUCAUUCCACUUCAUAUGUUGAAUCCAAUUUUUGGGAGGAGGUUUAUGAACGUUGAUAUGAAUGUUGAGAGCAAGAGACCGCAGACCUGAAUGUUGAUGCUUAAGAAACAAGGAUGAAUUACACAUAUCCAAGCUGUAUAAAAGGACAGAGUUUAGGCAUAUUUUCUUUUCCCAAGUAUUGUACAUAUUUUUGUAGCAGAGUGUUUAAUUUUUGAAUAAACUAUUUUAUACAUUU